GAGAGGACCCCGGCGUCCGGGUUCCCCGUGUCAGUGCCAUGAGGCCGCUCCUGGCUCUGCUGCUCCUGGCCCUUGCAGCUUGCUCACCCCCGUUGGACGACAACAAGAUCCCCAACCUGUGCCCGGGGCACCCCGGCCUUCCAGGAACGCCGGGUCACCAUGGCAGCCAGGGCCUGCCUGGCCGCGACGGUCGCGAUGGUCGCGACGGUGUGCCCGGGAUUCCGGGAGAGAAAGGCGAGGGCGGGAGUCCAGGGCUGCCGGGGCCCCGCGGGGAGACCGGGCCGCGAGGAGAAGCGGGACCGGUGGGGGCGAUUGGGCCUGCCGGGGAAUGCUCGGUGCCCCCGCGCUCUGCUUUCAGUGCCAAGCGCUCCGAAAGCCGGGUGCCUCCGCCGUCCGACACGCCCCUACCGUUCGACCGCGUGCUUGUGAACGAGCAGGGACAUUACGACGCCACCACCGGAAAGUUCACCUGCCAAGUGCCAGGAGUCUACUACUUUGCAGUCCAUGCCACUGUCUAUCGGGCCAGUCUGCAGUUUGAUCUGGUGAAGAAUGGCGAGUCCAUUGCCUCUUUCUUCCAAUUUUUUGGGGGGUGGCCAAAGCCAGCCUCACUCUCCGGGGGCGCCAUGGUGAGGUUGGAGCCUGAGGACCAGGUGUGGGUGCAGGUGGGUGUGGGUGAUUACAUUGGCAUCUAUGCCAGCAUCAAGACGGAUAGCACCUUCUCUGGAUUUCUGGUGUAUUCGGACUGGCACAACUCCCCCGUUUUUGCCUGAUGCCCACUGGAAAGUAAGCCUACCCUCUCAUUCUAAAGGAGGAGGGUGUGUGACACUGGCAGUCACAUUUUCUGGGAGGUCUGGACCCCCUGAAAUGGUGUAAACGGUGGUGGG